AACCAAUUGCGAGUCCAUUGUCGGCAGUGAGCCUAGGGCCGAGUGAGGGCACGUCUGCCACGAAUUGGUGCAGGGCUUCUAAGAAAGCUCGGAUUCAAACAAAAGAGAACUCGCGUCGAGUGUGAUCGGCAUUGGAAUCUUCCGCUCCCCCCAACAGCGGCUAAAGUUUGGUCUAGGGUAACUCGAGCUCCAAGACAUGAUGACAUCAAUCCCGAAGAAAACCUCAGCAUCUGGACCACGAAGAUUCUGGUGCAUAGAUUUUUCUUGCUUUACGUGUCGAAUUGCGUUCAGCAGUGCAGGGCGCAAUUGUUCACCAAUAAUGCAUCGCCAUAGCUGACAUGGCUUUGACCGAUCACCCCAAAGCCUACGGCACUGCUGCCGUAGCAUUCGCCUUCACAGCUGGCAUCCUCGUCACGCUUGGCUUCAAAGACUUCUAUCCUGACCUCGAGCGUCGAUACCAGCGCAAGAUCCGGUCUGCCAAGGGCCCUCUGGCCUCAGCCGGGGCGCCAAAUACAGGCAGCGCCGCUGUUGCGCGUAGGGACAGCAUCUUUUGGGGACCACCGGUACAACUCGAGGACCACGAGGCGAACCCCGACAUUCACCAUGAUGAGAUCGCAUCCGAGGGUAUCGAGGCCUGUAUAGGCAACACGCCGUUGCUCAAGAUCAAAUCGCUAUCGGAGGCAACGGGGCGCACAAUCCUAGCCAAGGCUGAGUUUCUCAAUGGCGCCGGCAACAGUCCGAAAGAUCGCGUGGCAUUGAACAUAAUUCGCGAGGCCGAGGCCCAGCGUCUGCUCACACCUCAUCGAGGCGACACUAUAUACGAAGGGACUGUUGGUAGCACUGGUAUAUCACUGGCGACAUUGGCGCGAGCCAAGGGAUACAGGGCGCACAUUUGUAUGCCAGACGACCAGAGUUUUGAAAAGUCAGAUCUGCUGCACCAUCUGGGCGCUACUGUCGAACGCGUACCCGUUGCCCCGAUCACCAGCCCCGACCAUUUUGUCAAUCUCGCGAAGAGGAGGGCGAUUGAGCAUGAGCGCAGACACAACGAUGGCAGCAAGGGCUUCUUUGCCAAUCAGUUCGAGUCCAAGGCCAACUGGCAAGCCCAUUUCCGCUCGACCGGUCCAGAGAUCUGCCAUCAAACAGACGGCGAAGUCGACGCCUUUGUCGCUGGUGCCGGAACUGGAGGCACAAUCGCCGGCGUCGCGCGUUACCUCAAGGAGGAGGCCAACUUGCAGAACGUGAAAAUCGUUCUCGCCGACCCCCAGGGCAGCGGCCUAUUCAACAAGAUCAAGUACGGCGUGAUGUACUCUGCCACUGAGCGUGAGGGGACCCGAAGGAGACAGCAGGUCGACUCCAUUGUGGAAGGAAUCGGCAUCAAUCGUGUGACGGACAACUUCGAGGCUGGAAGAGACCUUGUCGAUGAUGCCGUCAAGGUCACCGAUGAGCAGGCUUGCAGAAUGGCCCGCUGGCUCGUCGAGAAGGACGGCAUCUUUGUCGGCAGCAGCAGCUCGGUGAACUGCGUGGCAGCAGUCGUGGCCGCCAUGAAGCUGCCCGCAGGUAGUCAAGUGGUGACGAUACUAUGUGACUCUGGUACAAGACACCUCAGCAAAUUCUGGAAACAGAUCAAGGAGCUAGGGCUUGAAGAGGAGGAGGCCACCGACGUCUUUGAAGCGCUCGGCAUAUCGAAGAAGAUGUGAAAAUGACGGGCGCGAGACAGGUAGUGUUUGUCGAACUCGACAGUCACUAGCACUGGUGUGUCUCAGCUGGCCAAUGUCCUGGUUUGAGAUCUCUCUAGUCUACCUAGUGUAUUGUAUCGGUACAUGUACGAUAGCCGCAUCUUAUGACCGUUCAAUUCAUCCCUCGACGCGCCCUGCUGCGCAGGACAAGAUUUGAACCUGACCGCAGCUGCCGAUGCCCAUGAUUCACGGUGUCUGUAUCCU